GACUCCGGAGCUGACAGGUCAGAGGCAUAGGUCAGAGGUCAUCUUUAAAAUGGCGUCUGGUGGUCGCGCGCCUCCCGCUCCAAGUGUGGUAGUGGACGUCGAAAGCUGUCCAUAAUUCCUACUGACUCCGAGGGGUACUCCACAAGGCUCCUCAAAACAGCGUCCAACAACGGAAAAAACAUUGUGUUUGUAAUUCCACUACAGGAGCAACUUUCUACCGAACCACUACCCUAUGACUCGGCAGAGUUUGCAAAGAUGCCACAGUCAACCUGCAUAACAUGUGGCAGUCAAAUGCCUUUGCAGCUGUUGCCUUUACAUGUGGAGGAAUGUAAUGACAUAUUGACUGAGAGUGAAUCUGGGACUUCUCUUGAUGAAGUGAUUGAGCAGCCAAAUCCACCUAACACAGGGAUGGGAGAAUUGUCAGAGGUUUGCCCUAUAUGUCUUGAAUCUUACCCAAUUGAUGUCCUCUCAUUUCAUGCAAGCACAUGUGGUGAAGGAAUGGACCCUGCUCAUCAUAGCGAUGCAGCCAGUAUGACAAGGACAGAGGAAAUGCCAGGACCUUCAGUUCAACGAUUGCCAGCAACAGUUUCAGCAGCAUGGGCCAAUGAAGUGGACCCCCGGAAGGCAUGUCAGUUGUUCAGAGAGGAACUGCUGGAACGUAACUAUGAAUGUCCACGCCUCUUUCUGUCAAUCGACUUGUUUGACGCAGAAGAAGAAACAGACAGUUCAUUGAUUUCAUUCUUUAAAAUGAACAAUGUUAACUGGGCAGCUCCAUUGAAGUGCAGGCUGAGAGGGGAUGCAGCAGUCGGCCAAGGUGUCAACCGACACGUUUUGUCAAUGGCCAUGCAGAAACUGAAGACCGGCUUCAGUAUAAAUGUAGGCUGUGCAGCUCUUACAAGCCUUUUUGAAGGCGAAAUGGAACAUCGGGUUCCCUCCGCAGCUGCUGUGCUUCGGGAAAGCAACCUGUUUGAGAUGGCAGGUCGGAUGAUAGGCCAUUCCUUCCUGCAUGGUGGUUUUGGUUUCUCAGGACUAAGUGUGCCUGUAGUGACUCUGUUGACUGGUGGGAGCACGGAUACUGCAGCAUCAGCGCUUACCCUGCUGGACUGUCCUGAUCUUGACCACCGUGAAACAAUUGGUUUUCUCAAGAAUACACAACUUACUGCUCAAGAAACCACCAGUGUGACUGAUCUUUGCCUGUCCUGGGACCUCCCUGUUCCAACCUCCACCAAUCAUGACUGGCUGUUCCAGGAACUUCUUUCCCAUGCAGUACUUCACCGUGUUAGGCAGCCUAUCAAGCAGAUUCGCAAAGGCCUUAAAGAAACGGGAAUCUGGCCGCUUGUUUCAAAUAGGCCAGAUGUCCACCCCAUAUUAUUUCCAAGAGAGAAAAAUGAUGAGCUGAACUCACAGACUGUGAUCCAGAACAUCCACUGGCCACAGCCCAAAAGUGACAGCGACGAGGACGAGGCCGUUCCAUUGGAGAAAGUCGGUCUCGUCACUGGAUUUUUGAGGCAAUUCAUAGAGGAAGCAUCUCCGAAGGUGCUGCGUGACCUCUUGAAGUUCUGGGUCGGGUGGGAGCUGCUCACAACAAACCUUGAAGUUGAGGUUGUUACUUCAAAAUACCCAGUGGCUCUCACCUGCUUCCUAAAAUUGAAGCUCCCAAGCCACUACCAAACUUAUGAGAAGUUCCACCAGGACUUGAUGAUGGCCCUCAGUUCCAUCAGUUCAGGCUUUGGGCUUGUGUAGCUACACACUGACUCUCAGUUUGUUUUGUAUUUUUCUGGAGAAGGGUUUGCCUCUCUAUUCAAUACACUGUGUGAGAUACAGGGUUACAGUUGGUACACCUACCGUGUUUUAUAAAUAAAGGACAUUUGGAAAAAGA